GGAGGUUGUCGCGAGGUUUACCGCUUGAUUGACAGGCGGCGGCAAAGAAUCGUGAGCGGUGGCUUCACGUUCGUAAUCACAUCAUCAGUAACAGCAAUAACCGGUGGCGGGGGGUGGGGGGAGGUUAAACAAUGACCACGGUGGAGGAAUUGUACCGUAACUACGGUAUCCUGGCAGAUGCUACGGAUAAUGUGGGCCAGUACAAAGAUGCAUAUCAGGCCAUUCUUGAUGGUGUGAAGAGCGGAGCCAAAGAGAAAAGAUUGGCAGCGCAAUUUAUUCCUAAGUUUUUCAAACAUUUUCCUGAGUUGGCCGAUAGUGCUAUCAAUGCCCAGUUGGAUCUCUGUGAGGAUGAAGAUCUUUCUAUUCGUCGUCAAGCCAUUAAAGAAUUGCCUCAGUUUGCAACAGGUGAAAACCUACCAAGAGUCGCUGAUAUAUUAACACAGCUUUUACAAACCGAUGAUAGUGCGGAGUUCAAUUUGGUUAAUAAUGCAUUAAUAUGUAUAUUCAAGAUUGAUGCCAAAGGAACCUUAGGUGGUCUUUUCACACAGAUAAUACAGGGGGAGGACAUUGUGCGAGAACGUGCCAUAAAGUUCCUUUCCACAAAACUGAAGAUAGUACCAGAGGAAGUAAUGACCAAAGAAGUAGAAGAAUACAUUUUUGUGGAGUCCAAAAAGGUACUGGAUGAUGUGACGGGAGAGGAGUUUGUUUUAUUCAUGAAGAUUCUGUCUAGCCUUAAGAAUCUUCAGACAGUAAGUGGUCGACAACAGCUGGUGGAGUUGGUGGCUGAACAAGCAGAUUUAGAGCAGGUGUUUAAUCCUGCAGAUCCAGAUUCUGUGGACAGACUACUACAGUGCACAAGACAGGCAGUUCCACUUUUCUCGAAAAAUGUCCAUUCAACCAGGUUUGUCACCUACUUUUGUGAACAAGUACUCCCAAACCUCAGCUCCCUUACCAGCCCAGUGGAAGGACUUGACAUUCAGUUGGAGGUUUUAAAGUUGCUGGGAGAAAUGACACCUUUCUGUGGUGAUAUGGAAAAGUUAGAAAGUAACUUGAAACAGUUGUUUGAAAAAUUGCUGGAAUAUAUGCCAUUACCCCCAGAAGAAGCAGAAAAUGGUGAAAACGCAGGCAAUGAAGAGCCAAAACUACAGUUUAGUUAUGUUGAAUGUCUGUUAUUUGGCUUUCAUCAACUUGGAAAGAAACUUCCUGAUUUCCUUACAGCAAAACUCAACGCAGAUCGACUGAAGGACUUCAAAAUAAGGUGGGCAAAUGUUAUUUGUUUAUGUCCUUCAACUAAAAGUUGUUUCUCUUUUGUGAAAGUAAACCAACUUGAUUAUGGUCAUUCAAUUCUGGUGUCUGUUCAUCCCAAGAUAAGUGGUUUGACUCAAAUUGUUCUGUUAUUUGCAAAAAUCAAUUGUUUCCCCAAAAAAUUGUAACAGGUGUCUAGUUCA